AUGGGCGUAGCCAACGUUCACGUCGCCACGCGGUCUCCGCCGCCCGGAAGCCCGGCUCGGUGGGAGAUUCUAGCGAGCCUCGUGGGCCGCGUCUCCAGUUUGCUUCCCAUUGUUAAGCUAUCUAGGUUGUCCCCCGCCACAUCAUUACCCCGGACUUUCUUUGAUUGCACUUUCUGCGUCUCUCAAAUUAUCACUGCCGCUGUCACUGCUGCUGUCAUUCCUGAGGUCACGGCCACUGAGACAAAGCCACCUUACCAGCCAAGAACACGACAAACCAACAACUUUUUCGUCAUGGCAAGCCCAGCCUCUUUCCGUGCAGUCUACAAGACCAUAUGGUCACAAGAGAUCGAUGUGGAUGUCUAUGCCCCGCCGCUUGGGGAAACCAACAAGGCAAAAUGUCCGGUUGUCAUCAAUAUCCACGGAGGCGCAUUCCAUCUCGGCUCCUCCAAGAUGGUCAACAAGGACCAAGUAGCUGACUGCCUCAGCAGAGGCUGGAUUACCAUAGCCCCUAAUCACCGUCUGUGCCCUCAAGUCACGCUUCUGGAUGGGCCGAUGAGAGAUUGUCGUGACCUCCUGGGAUGGGUGUAUGAUGGUGGUCUUCAGAAGGCCCUUGACGCUAAUGCUGAUGGAUCAUAUGCCGUUGACACUGACCAUGUCUUUGCAUUUGGGACGUCGUCUGGCGGCACUCUAUCCCUUGCCUUGGGCUUUGGAGUUGACCGCCCCGUUGCUGGUAUUUAUGACAUGUACGGGCCUAGCAACUUCACCCACGCGUUCUGGGAGAAACCAUUGCCGCACGUAGCAGCAAAAUUGCCCAAAGGUCUCACACAGGAAUUCUUGAACAAAGUCUUUGACGAAGACCCAGUGCCAAUUCUUGGAGGAGUGUCACUGGAAGGUCAGGCGCCAGGGCCGCCCAACUUUGAUGACCCGAGACAGGCGUUUGCGAUGACACAAAUAGCCACCGGCAAUGUCAUGAACACAAUUGUUCCUGACAAGAACUGGGAUGCGGUCGACCCCAUCAGAAACAUCACUACGUCUUUCCCGCCGACUUUCAUCGUGCAUGGACAGGCGGAUACUAUGGUGCCCCUUGAGCUUAGCCAAGAUUUGAUCAAGGUGCUGAAGGAAAAGGGGGUCAAAUCUGAAUUGAGGGAAAUUCCGGGCGAGGAACAUACGUUUGCCGCCAAGAUGAAGGUGGGAUCCCAAACUUGGAAUCUUCAGAGAGAAGGCUUUGACUUUUUGGAGAGCUUGGUCAAAAAGUGA